GGUCGAGCGAACUAAAUCUGUUUUUGGAUGAGUUUUGGUAUGUCAGCCGCGUCACACGCCGAAUGUCAUUGGAUUUAUAAAUACAAUCAGCUCCAGAAAUAGGUGGCUACAGGUUUUCCAGGCGUCCCGACCUAAAAUAAAGCAGCCUGGAUUCGUUAACAAUAUAAUUGUCUCCACUUGGGACGUGCAACGGACUGUGAGCGUAAGAACAUUUGUGUGCUUUCUGUAAACUAAAUAGUGGCCAUGGAUGAUGAGGAUGUACAACAGUUUUCUUUGCGCUGGCACAAUCAUCAGGUAGAACAGUUUGAUAGGAGCCCUAGGUCGUAUGUUGAGCAGUGGGAUCCUGACUGACGUCACAUUGAGUGCUAGUGGGACAUCCGUGAAGGCACACAAACUUGUUCUCGCUUCUUGCAGCCAGUAUUUCGCUCAGCUGUUUAAGGAAGUGGAAGCGGAGAACAACACGCUGGUGGUAGUCCUGAGCUGUGACGCGACGGAGUUACGACUGCUGCUGACCUUCAUGUACACAGGGGAGGUGACUGCUUCCAAGAGCAUCUUACCCUCGCUGCUCCGACUGGCUCAGACCUUGAAGGUGUCGGGACUCACUGAUGCUGAUACGAACUCAACCCUAACACCGACAGAGCCCGAAAUCCAAGAAGAAUUCAACCCCCCCGUGAAACUAGAAACGAAGACCGAAGCCCAACCCCCCCUCAUCAUCAACGACAACUCCAGCUCCAGUUCCAAGCUCAACUACGAUGAAAUACUAUCCCCAACGAUCGAGAAAGACGGCCAUUUUGUUAACGACUUCAUAGUAAAAACCGAGAAGGAUCGACUGAGCAAAUUAGACCAGAUUGUGCAGAAUUUGUAUAGCACCCACAAGAUUGGCAACCCUCCUGCUGCGACUUUGGUUAAUUCUGGUGUUACAGAGCAACAAGAUCCCUACGACAGAAAAUGGCGCAUGAACAGCUCAAUCUGCACGAUAUGCAACAAGCGUCUAUCCAACCAGUACAACUUGCGCGUGCACAUGGAGACGCACGCGGGGCGGCGCCACGCCUGCCGCGCCUGCUCGCACGUGUCACGGUCCCGGGAUGCGCUGAGAAAGCACGUCGCUUACCGACAUGCGCCGCCGCAGCAUAGGCCCGGGAGAGACUUGUCCACUAUCUAGGACGGGUCAUAAUACAAGGUGGAUACGACUUUUGGAAUAAGGUAUAAGGUACUUAUGAGGCCAAAGUUGUUU